AUGCUCUGCUCUUGUCGCCUGAGCCCCCUGCGGCUUUUCGUCCAGGGUAUUUCGCAAUUGCACAUCUCUGAACCCGUCGUCGCACCGAGACUCCCCCAAUACGUCAAGAACAACCGUACCUUACAGAUCAGCCAAGCCUCCACAUUUGCGACAUCGGCCGUUCACAACAAAAAGCGUGACUUCAUACCAUUUGAAAAAGGAGGAAAGCAGGCUACAUCAAGAGGACCACUGGAAGAACAACCCGACGAAGAGCCGGCGAAACCGAAGCGAGAAAACUGGCAGCUCCAAAAAGAGGCCCUAAAGAAGAAGUUCCCCGACGGCUGGAAUCCGCGCAAGCGCUUGUCCCCGGAUGCAAUUGCUGGCAUCAAGGCGCUGCACGCCCAGUUCCCCGAGGAGUACGAUCUGAAGACGCUCGCCGACAAGUUUCAAAUGUCGCCUGAGGCGAUCCGCCGUAUUCUGAGGAGCAAGUGGCAGGCGACGCCCGAGGAAGAAGAGGACAGGCAGGAGAGGUGGUUCCGGCGCGGCGUUAAUGUGUGGUCGCGGUACGCGGAGCUGGGCCUGAAGCCGCCCAGCAAAUGGCGACGCGAGGGCGUUACCCGAGACCCGUCGUACCAUCAGAACCGCAAGGAGGCGAUACAGAGGAGGAAAGAGGAGGAAGCCAAGGAGAAUGUUGGGGAGAGGCUGCAGCGGAAGCUAUCUGAUACCAUCAUCCGCAAACAAGUUAUGAGACUUCUAUCCACUGAGACGAAAAAGUUCGAAGUCUUCGAUCUUGAAAAUGCUCCACCUUACGCGGUGCUAUCUCACCUUUGGGAGCACGACGAGGUUUUAUUCCAAGACUUGAGGGACGGCCAAAUGCUACGUCCAAGAGCUGGCCUUCGAAAGAUAGACGCCGCUUGUCUUGUUGCCCAAGAGCGAAUGCUGAGGUAUAUCUGGAUUGAUACUUCUUGCGUGGACAUCGAAAGCGAAUCCGAACGAAGUGAAGCAGUCGAGUCCAGCUUCCGCAUCUUCAAAUCAGCGGCGUUAUGCAUCGCCUAUCUGUCUGACGUUGAAUCAGAGCGCCCUUUGCCGGCUGGCCAUGUUUUUUUGACCGACAGGAAUCUUGACGAUAAUCUAGAGGGCAGGUUUCGACAUACGUUCAAACGCAGUAGAUGGUUUACGCGGUCCUGGGCCCUGCCGGAACUUAUUGCCCCACCCGAGCUUGUAUUCUACUCCCGAGGGUGGGAACUUAUCGGUACACGAUCGGAGCUCCGGAAUCACCUAUUUGAUAUUACUGGUGUUGACACCUUCAUUCUCCAAGGUGGUGAUCUCGCAAAGGUGUCCGUGGCCCGGAAGAUGUUCUGGGCCACGAGUCGCAAUGCGUAUCGACUUGAGGACAUUGCAUACUCGCUGGCUGGUUUAUUUGGCGUCGAUAUGAUGCCAAUCUAUGGGGAGGGCAACGUAAGUGCAUUCUUACGUCUGCAGGAACACAUUGCGAAGACCAUUUCGGAUCCAACCCUUUUCGCCUGGAGAAAGGAUUGGCUCCAGAAGUUCACGACGUGGGAUAAGUGCAAAGAUCUCGUCAACUCAAGUCACCUCCGCGACUUUUUGGCAAGCAGUCCAGGCGCCUUUAGUCACUGUGGAAGCAUGUUUCCCGCUAUGGUGACCGUCGACGACAUGAAGCUAAAUCAGAGGGACUUCGGCAAUGAUGACGAUACUGCGUGGGAAACUAGUUCUGUGGCAUCCUUCCAAUCGUCAGCAACCACUUUGAUUGAAGGUUCGACUUCGACACCGGUCACAUCGGGCUUGGGCAACGCGAUAUCAUUCUUAUCCGAAAAUGAUACCUUGUAUCCGCUCUUCAGAUUGGCCAUGCAGACGCCUCGGGUAGGACCUGACAGGCUGCGAAGGAAUCUGACCCGGAUUCUGCGGUCCCUCGGCCUGGAACUGGCGAUAGAAGCGAUAACCAAGGAAGAAGCUCUGUCCGCAGUAUUUUUCCGUGUCUACCGGCUGGCAAUCGCAUCAGGGGUCACCUCGAGAAUUGCCGAAAAGAGCCUCGAGCCCAUUGCCCUCGACCAGCCGAGAACCAAAGCGCCAGAGGAUGCUCCAGGUACUCUUUCUGAGGACCCUCAUCGAGAUGAAUUCGCGCAGCUCGAGCAGGAAGACGACGACCUUGGCCAGGAAGAAGGCGAUGAUGCUCCCGAGGAGAAGGAGGGACAAGCGAACGAGUUGAACUUUGAGCCCAGAAGUGUUGCCAAGGUCCUCGAAGGCAAAGAUACAUUAGAGGACCAGUAUUGGAUUGGCAUGAAGGAUAAGAUGCAAGUCGUCCUGACGGAGCUGGAAGAGUCAAGUCCUGAAAACUUAUUGCUGGACAUUGAAAGCACACCGAAGAGGCUCGAAGUACUCCAAACCUGGGCGGAAACUAUGACCAAGGAGGAAUGGGAUUGGUGGCCUCUGCCACCUCCCAAGCAUGCUUUGAGCUCCACUGAGGCGCGAGUUGGAUGGCGCUGUAGGUGCGGUAUAUCAAGAUGGGAGACCGUCCCAGCCUCAUUUGCAGGUAACAUUGCAAUAUUGCUGCAGAAGUAUCCUCUCGAAAGCCGGAACCAUACAGGCUCAGCAAGCAACCCGGCAUCAGACCCUCCGCCGACGUCUUGGAAAACCGAUGAGACCUCAUCGCUGGGGACAAGAUCCAUCAAGACCUCCAGCGUCAGCGAAUCAUCAAAGCUACCUGACCCAGCGUUCUCGCCUAGUCAGGAUAAUCAGACUGGACAGAAGCGCGAAUAUCCCCGGCCGAGGUACAUCUUUUUGCUCGCGACUACGGGUCGGCAUCGGCUCAGGCAACUACCCUCGCUCUACUUAGACACCGCGGAUUUUGGACAAGAAUUGCGAAAAGCGUAUCGCGAGCUCAAAGGCUUCUGGAGGUGGUGGUUUUCGCCUUACAACUUCUCCCAUUGCGAGUUUGUGCGUUUCGAAAAGUUCUGCCACAACGGCUUCGCCCACCGCGGCCUCGAAGUUCCAAACACAUCCCAAAAGGACUACUACUACAACCCGCGUCCCGCCCUUCGCGAACCCCCGGUCUCUCCCGAAGAAUUCAGCCACGUCUUCCACUACACAGCCAAGAGCGAGGCCGUCAUCUGGGCAUCGCUCGGCCUGCCGUUUUACGAUACCGUCGAGGCGUUGAGCGACGAUACCGUCGGCUGCAUACCGCAGCGGUACCACUACCUCGACGAGCGGAGUAAUCGCAAAGAGGACUUUUGGGAAUGCGACGACGCCGCUUGCGUUGGCGUUGACGGCUCUUGGGUUGUUUAUGGGGUCUAUGAUUAA